GGGAACUUGGACUACAGCGUCUGUGCCGCGCCCCUGCACCUCGCCUACGUAUAGGAACGCUCUGCCAAGACCCAUCCUAGUCAUCCAUCAGUUUUAUCAGUUGUACAAGGAUUAGUCACUGAGAGACAUUUGUUCGUCAUCCCAUCUCAUCUCACCCUCUUUUAUCCCCAUUCCUUUAACUAGAAGCUGAGGCGCAGUUCUUCAACACUGACGGACUGGAUACUAGUGCAGCGAAGGAAAGGAAUCAUGUCUCUGCUACUACGUAUCUGCUGGUGUCUUGUUGUACUCAGUUGCCUGGUAGCGAGUGCCGCUUGCCAUGGUGACUACGGACACUUUCGCAACAGGUGUCUAGCCUUCAAGCCAACGACGUUCAUCCGCAAUUCGACCUUGACGCGACAGGAGUUUGUUUCUGCUGGUACAACGUUGCAGCUAUCAGACAACGUCCCGACCUGCAACCGCGCCUCUCAGGCUGUCACAGUCGACCUCUGUCGCAUUGCCCUCCAAAUUCCCACCUCAAAGCGGUCCAGCAUCAGCUUCGAGCUAUGGUUGCCCAGUGAUUGGAAGGGAUCAAGAUAUCUGGCAACUGGUAAUGGCGGAAUUGAUGGAUGCAUCAAGUAUGAGGAUCUUGCUUAUGGCACAACCAAUGGUUUCGCCACCAUGGGUACCAACAACGGCCACAAUGGUACCACGGGUAUCACCAUGUUGAACAACCCUGACAUUGUCAAGGACUUCUCGUACAGAGCCCUGCACACUGGCACUCGCUCAGCCAAGAAGCUCAUGAAAGCUUUCUACGGCAGAUCGCCAGCGCACAAUUACUAUUUGGGUUGCUCGCUGGGCGGUCGCAUGGGCAUCAAGGCCGCAGAGGUAUACCCUAAAGACUAUGACGGUAUUGUAGCUGGGUGCCCGGCGGUUGACUUUAACAAUCUUCAAGGCCAAAGGGCUAUGUUCUACCCGAUUACAGGGUCUGCAGACUCUCCCAACUACAUCCCCAUUGACACCUGGAAAGGCCUGAUUCAUGACGAAGUUCUCCGACAGUGCGAUAGGAUUGAUGGCGUUGAGGAUGGAAUUAUCGAGGUCCCAGAAAAGUGUUUCUUUAACCCAAAGACCUUACAAUGCAGCCCCAGACGUCCUAAGAACUGCUUGAACUCUGCCCAAGUCGCUCAGCUGCAAAAGAUCUACGCUCCUUAUACUUAUCCUAACGGCAAGCUCAUCUUCCCUCGCAUGAACCCUGGCAAUGAACUCCAGGCCGUAUCCAAGCUCAUCGCAGGCACUCCCUUCAGCUAUUCUGAAGAUUGGUUCCGAUAUGUCGUAUAUAACGACCCCAGCUGGGAUGCCAGCACCUACAACACGAAUAAUGUCCGAGAGGCGGAUAAGCUGAACCCAUUCAACAUCCGUACCUACCCUCAGGAACUCCCAUCGUUCAAGAGACGCGGUGGAAAAUUGCUCAGCUAUCACGGUGGCCAGGAUAACCAAAUUACCCAGUUCAACACCCAGCGUUUCUGGAACCGUAUGUACUCUACCGAUAACGACCUGCAGGACUACUAUCGCUAUUUCCGCAUGUCAGGCAUGUUCCAUUGCAACUCGGGUCCUGGCGCCUGGGCUGUUGGUCAGGGUGGUGGUGCCCCUGCUGCAGGUGUCCCCUUUGAUCCCCAACAUAAUGUAUUGGCGGCCAUGGUAGCUUGGGUCGAGAAGGGACAAGCGCCUACAAGUUUGACGGGCACGAAGUUCAUCAACGACACUGCCACCAACGGAAUCGACUUUCAACGCAAACAUUGCCUGUACCCUAAGACACAGACAUAUGUUGGCGGCAAUCCCAGAAACACAUAUAGCUGGCAAUGCCAAUAAGAUGUCUAUCAUUAUUACUACUAAUAGUUCCUUCCUUAUUUAUCUUUACUUUUAAUUUUAAAUAAGCUUUGUCCAAGGGGUCUAUAACUAAGGUACUAAGGUGCGAAGAAGUUGCAGAUACCAAAUAAAACACAGCGCCCGAGUACUAUGUCAAGAGGUUGAUGCCUUGUAAGGAGGAGAUUGAAGACAAUCUUGAGCUUUUAGUGGAUUGGGCUCUUAGCAGGCGCGGGGCUGCAUUUACGUAG